AUGGCCGGAGACAGCUCUUUGGAGCCUACGAUCCAAGAGUACGUGGCCGCAGAGGCAAAGCUGCAGACCGUCUCCAAUCCAUCCGGCAGCCUCUCGGACGGAUCUGGACUGGGCGAGCCCAAGUUUGAAGUUAACAUCACCGCAUUCACUGGCGACUGGGGUCGGCCUCAACGAGACGGCCCUGCUCUGCGGGCGACGGCGCUUAUUGCAUACGGCAAUUAUUUACUGGGCAAAGGCAAAGAUUCCGUUGUCAAAACGAACAUCUGGCCGAUUGUGCAGAAUGACUUGAAUUACGUUGCUCAGUACUGGAAUCAAACAGGCUUCGACCUCUGGGAGGAGGUCCAGGGUUCGUCUUUCUUUACCAUUGCGGCUCAGCACCGCGCCUUGGUUGAAGGGAGUGCCUUUGCCCGGACUUUGGGACAAUCGUCGGAUUCCUAUGACUCGCAAGCUCCGCAAGUCCUGUGCUUCCUCCAGGACUUCUGGAAUGGGACUGCGGUCAUCUCCAACUUGGCGAAGAAUGGCCGUUCCGGCUUGGACGCGAACUCUCUGAUCAGCUCUAUCCAGACAUUCGACCCCAAGGCCGCAUGUGAUGAUGCUACUUUCCAGCCCUGCUCGGCGCGGGCGUUGUCAAACCACAAGAUGGUGGUUGACUCUUUCCGCUCGAUCUACAAUAUCAACAGCGGCAAGUCGGUUGGAGACGCUGUGGCGAUUGGGCGCUAUGCGGAGGACACUUACCAGGGAGGGAACCCUUGGUAUCUGACAACCCUGGCUGCCGCCGAACAGUUGUACGAUGCGCUAUAUCAAUGGGGGCAACAAGGCUCCCUGGCCAUUACUCAAGCCAGUCUUCCCUUCUUCCAGGCGCUUGACUCCUCGGCUGUGGUUGGCAACUACUCCAGCUCAUCGUCGACAUACUCAUCCCUCACUGGUGCAAUCAAGACAUACGCCGAUGGGUUUGUUUCCGUGGUGCAACAGUAUACCCCCAGCAACGGUUCGCUACCAGAGCAAUUCACGCGUGACAACGGAACUCCCACCUCUGCUGGGGAUCUGACCUGGUCGUAUGCUGCGUUCCUGACUGCUGCGUCGCGUCGCGAUGGAUCUGUUCCUGCUAGCUGGGGCGCCUCCAGCGCUAACGAGGUUCCGACUCAAUGCCACGGAAGUUCAGCUACCGGGAGCUACACAACGCCUUCAGUUGGUCCAUGGUAA